UUCUUGGUUUGUUUCACCAAAUUUGCAGACUGGAAAAGGAUAAACUUAUUGUAAGUGCUUCAAACAUGGGAAGCGAUAUUGAACAGGGAAGAGCAUUAAAUAUGGAAGAGGAUAGGCCAAGUGCUUCAGAAAUUAAGAUGACUGGGGCACUUUUUGCGCAGCUGGAUACUAAGGUGAAACGGUUGUCCUCUAAACAGGGCUAUUCUGAGUGCUGUAUCUACAGGGUGUCCAAACGGGUUCAAAGCGUACAUUGGCAAGCCUACUAUCCACUGCUGAUUUCAAUAGGUCCUCUUCACCGCGACGAUAAAAAACGACAGGCCAUGGAAAACGAGAAAUUGAGAUAUUACAAAGAGUUUACUGAACGGAUUGGGAUGGAUAUGGAGAAAAUAAGAGAUAUUAUAAGGAGCAUUCAGAAUCAAGAAGAGCGUCUCCGAGACUGUUAUUCAGAGGAAUUCAAACUAGCGAAGAAAAGUGAUUUCAUAGAGAUGAUCCUGCUGGAUGCUGUCUUCAUCAUUGAGUUUAUGAAGGAAUAUUCGAAUAAUGAUGAAGGUCCUAACAGGUUUGAGCCUAGAACGAUAUUGGACAUACGAGAAGACUUGAUACUACUUGAAAACCAACUACCUUUCUUCAUUAUUCAGGAAAUAUAUGACGAGUACAAUCGUGCUCGCCAAGAUCCAACAGCCAUUCCUUUUUUCGAUCUUGUUACCUCUCAUUCUAAAAAUUACAAGUUUUUAAAAAAGGUAGAAACCAACCGGAGUGUAAGGAAAAGCAGACAUUUCACUGAUUUACUAAGAAAUUUUAUGUUGAAUGGAGCCAGGCAGCCGAAUGGAGCCAGGAAGCUGAAUGGAUCCAGUAAUCCUAUCAUGCUGAGGCAUAAUGCUGUCAAGCUUCGCGCGGCAGGAGUCGAGUUUGAGGUCGCCGAAGACAAAUGUUUGCUUAACAUAACAUUUGAGAAAGGAGUGUUGAAAAUACCACUCUUGGAAGUUGAUUACCACUUCGAACGUGCUGUACGAAAUAUCAUGGCCUUGGAGCAGUGCUUGUACCAGAAUGAAGCUUACGUAUGCAGUUACAUUAAGUUUAUGGACCAUCUUAUCGACAGUGCAGAAGACGUGGGUUUGCUAGUCGGAAAGAAAAUCAUUACCCACAGGCUAGGUAACGAUGCCGCAGUUUCAGUUAUGAUUAACAAGCUUUGCGAAAAUAUUAGUGACCCUUAUACUUAUUAUGAUGAUAUAUGUGAAAAGAUGAAUGACCACUGUGAUAGCCUCCUUAACCGUAUGAAGGCAACCUUGGAACUUGUAUAUUUCCCCCAUGUUUGGAGAGGUACGGGAACUAUUGCAGCUGCUGUCCUGCUGAUGCUCACUUUGAUACAGACUAUAACUUCCGUAAAAUCGGUAUUCUAGGAUUUUAUCUUGUUUAGUUUUAUUAUCCCUUCGUAAUGCUGGAUUGGAUUAUUAUUGUUAAAAUUGCAGUUAAACUUUGGGUUUCUGUAGUUCUGAACUAAUAAUAUUGUAUCAAUUUCUUGUUGUGUUGUCCUAAAAUUGAGUUUGUACUUGUGACCUAUGUGA